AUGUCAAGACACGGGAAUUCACGACGAAAUGAUAACCAAUCAAGAGAUGCCCAACUUAUGAGAAUUUAUUUGGCGCUGGAGAUUGCGGCGGCUGAAGAAGAUGUCCCGCGCAACAUUCCUUGUCGAACCUCACGUCUACAAGGCAGAUAUUACAUAGAGGAAGUUCUUGGCAAUGACACAAGGUGUUACGAGAAUUUCAGGAUGAACCCUCACGUAUUUCAUAACCUGUGCGAUACGCUAAGAGCAAAUUGUGGAAUCAGAAAUAGCAGGAAUGGUAUGACCGUCGAGGAGAUGGUCGGCAUGUUCUUAAUGGUAGUUGCACAUAGUACGCGCUUGGCCGUGGUUGCCGAACGAUUUCAGCAUUCUAAGGAGACGGUGUCACGAGUCAUCAAGGUAAUAGCUCAUGGAAUUCAUUCGUUGUCAUCAAUGUAUAUAAGACGGAGGAACGCUGAUGUACAGCCGGAAAUUCAGAGUUGCCGAAAAUGGUACCCAUUCUUUCAGAAUUGCAUUGGAGCAAUCGAUGGGACCCAUGUGUGUGCUUGUGUUCCAUCAUCGGUGAGAGGCGCGUAUCGCGAUCGGAAUAAUGAGAUUACGCAAAAUGUACUCGCCGCUUGUUCGCAUGACAUGAUGUUCACUUAUGUCGUCACUGGAUGGGAGGGUUCUGCUCAUGACUCUCGAAUUUUGUCCGAUGCCGCUACAUUGGAAUUAUUUCCCGCACCAUAUGGCGAAUAA